UCUUUUCCUGUAUCCUCUGUGAAAGCCCAGCCGUCGCCUUGUCGAGUCAUCGCUUAGAGAGGAGCUCAGAGCAGAGGAAGGAGCUACUGUCUUACCCGUGGCUUGAAAAUGAGUAAUAACUGUGAACCGCAGCGGAUUUAUUGCACCAUACAAAGCACUGGGAGCGAAACGGCGGUUGCAGGAGCGGACUGGAUUGUGAUACGGAGGAGCACAUAGGAUGUUUGAGUGAGGUUGUUGCAUUUCUGAAGCGUUUUGCAGAUCCGGACACAAACAACACAGGAGACAGACCGAGAGAAGUACCGGAGCCGCCACGACACCAGCGGACGAACUUGGCUUCUCUGCCCUCUGUGGGGCGUCUGUCUGUCGGCUGUGACUCGCUGAACGUUCCGCUCCCAAAGUCGUUGCUCGGACGCUUUAAGAAGACUAAGGCUGUAGAUGAGUUAUGUUUUUGUAAAUAUCGUCUUUUUCGGGGUUUUUCAGCAACCAACUGUGGCUUUAAUGUGACGCACUACACUGACAUUUGCAUCGGAGCGGACCCCCACUGCAGAGGACCUGAAGGCUUUUUAAUCAAGUUUUUACCUUCAUAUUUCCACGAUACUAAUCCAGCACACACGGAUGCAGUAGAACAGAAGCAGAACAAGCUGGGCAAGGCUAGGCUAGGCCAGGCUAGGCCUACCUAGUCUUCUGUCUGGCCUUACCAAGCAGGACAGCAACCUCUCCAGGGACUUCAAGCUUCAACCUUUCAACGAGCAGGGGAGGCUUCAGCUUGUUUUUCGAAAACCUCAAGCCAUUACAGAUUGGAUUCCAAUCACACUUUGUGGUACACUGGUCUGUUAGAACUCCAGUACUUCCAUGUCAUGGUGGUUGCUCUCUCGAUGUUGGCAGCAGGAUGGAUUCAGGUGUUGAUUUGACAGGUGUCACUUCAUUGCAGCACUUGCACCCCCCCUCCUUUGACUGCCUUUUAUCCUUUCCCUCCCCAUUCUCUAAGAGAAAGCCCCUUUGUCUCUCCUGGGGCUUCUCUGAGCCCUGUACAGAGGGGCCUUUGAGGAACUGCAAGUUGUCUUGUUGAAACAACUUGAAUUUGCUAAGAGGAAGUAGAAUUAAUAAGUCUGUUCAAAAAACGAAAGAACACAACGAAGAGUGUUGCAUUCUGUAACCCAUCUCUUUUGCUUUUUGAGUUUGAUCAGGAUUUUGGAGAGCUUUUCAUUUCAAAUAGAAGAUUGCUGGUUGGGAUUUGUGCCCACAUACAGUUUACACAUAGGUUGGGGCUGGUUGCUGACACACAAAGCCUUAUUUAUAAGUAUAGAAAUUCUAUUCUGUGGUUGGAGCCUGAAGAAUGUCUGAAAGCAGCAAAGAGGUGAAAUUCACUGCCCCGAUUCCCCCUCCUCCCUCUGCCUCCCCCUGUCCAUCAUCCCAAACGCCCGACAUGAAUGUGAACAGCUCUUCCGGUUCAGGCCCCCACCUGGUGGAGAAGCGUGGCAGAGACUCUGAGGUCACACAUCGGCGCCACACGAUGGAUAGAGACUCAAAAACAGCUGAGCAUCGUUUCUUCCGUCGGAGUGUCAUUUGUGACUCCAAUGCCACAGCUUUAGACCUGCCCAGUAAAGCAUCUGUGAUACUCACCUCGCCUCCUGACUGUGAAGGGGCUUCCAUCUUCUUCACAUCAGAGCCCUUAGGGCCUGGACUUGAGGUACGAGGCGCUGAAGGCGGGAAGGCCACAAGAAAUUCCUCUUUACAAGGCACAACCCUUCAGCCUGGUCUUGGGCUCAGUGGGGCAGUUGCGGAGGCACACACACAAAAUGCUGAGGAAGAUUUAGGCAUGGGGUUCUCGAUUCCUGUUCCCACCUGUAGCAGUGUUGAACAUGGCACAGAUGGGGCAGUAAAAGAGCCCUGCCUGACAGUAUUGGAUAUUAUAGACAAAACAGUAGGCAAACAGUCCGACAUUGCAUUAUGUCCCAGAGGGUCCGAGAAUACACAACAUUUGGAAAAAGAUGGAAAGCUGAUAGAACAUGUAGACGAGGGAAGCAUUAGUAGUCUGACAGAGGAGAAGGAGAGGGAGAUGGAGGAGGAGAAGGGUCUAGUGAAAACACGAGCAGAGCAGAAAGAGGCUGAGAAACGAGUGCAAGAGGAUGAGGAGGUGGAGACAAAGGCUGUUGGGACAUCACCAGAUGGACGCUUCCUGAAAUUUGACAUUGAGAUUGGAAGAGGGUCCUUUAAGACUGUGUACAAGGGACUGGAUACAGAGACUACUGUGGAAGUGGCAUGGUGUGAGCUGCAGGAUCGUAAACUGUCCAAGUCGGAGCGUCAGCGAUUCAAAGAGGAGGCCGGCAUGUUGAAGGGUCUCCAGCAUCCUAACAUUGUCCGCUUCUAUGACUCCUGGGAGGGACCGUGCAAAGGAAAGAAAUGUAUAGUCCUAGUCACUGAACUCAUGACGUCUGGCACACUUAAAACUUACCUGAAACGUUUCAAGGUGAUGAAAAUCAAGGUCCUGCGUUCGUGGUGCAGACAGAUCCUCAAAGGCCUUCACUUCCUGCACACCAGAGCUCCACCCAUCAUUCACAGAGACCUGAAAUGCGACAACAUCUUUAUCACGGGGCCCACGGGCUCGGUGAAGAUAGGAGACUUGGGGUUAGCCACGCUAAAGAGGGCCUCCUUUGCCAAGAGUGUCAUAGGUACCCCAGAGUUUAUGGCUCCAGAGAUGUAUGAAGAGAAGUAUGAUGAAUCUGUAGAUGUCUACGCCUUUGGGAUGUGUAUGCUGGAGAUGGCUACAUCAGAGUACCCCUACUCUGAAUGUCAAAACGCUGCACAGAUCUACAGACGAGUUACUAGUGGUGUGAAGCCUGCCAGUUUCGACAAGGUAGCCAUUCCUGAGGUGAAGGAAAUUAUAGAGGGCUGCAUCAGAACAAAUAAGGAUGAGAGGUAUGCAAUAAAGAUCCUGUUGAACCAUGCGUUCUUCCAGGAGGAGACAGGGGUGAGGGUUGAACUGGCAGAAGAGGAUGAUGGGGAAAUGAUCGCCAUCAAACUUUGGCUCAGGAUAGAAGAUGUCAAGAAGCUCAAAGGAAAAUACAAUGACAAUGAAGCCAUCGAGUUCUCCUUUGACCUGAACAAGGAUGUCCCUGAAGAUGUGGCCCAGGAAAUGGUUGAGUCUGGCUAUGUUGCUGAGGGUGACCAUAAGACCAUGGCCAAGGCUAUCAAGGACCGUGUGUCUCUGAUCCAGAGGAUAAGAGAACAGAGGAAGCUGGUACGAGACGAACAGGAAAAGAGAAAACUGGAGGCUGAACAGCAUCUGCAGCAGCAACAGCAACAAGAAACAGUCAAACCUUCACAGCCACAGGCAGAGGCAGAGGAGACUGAAGUGGAGCAACAGCAGCUUCACUAUCAGCAGACCGGCAUCUCAUCUGAAGGAGGCUUGGACAGUGGCCAGGGUUCCUCAGUUUUCUCCUCAGACUCUCCCCACCUGGGUCAGCUGACAAUGUCAUAUAGCAGUCCCCCCUCCACCCAGCCCCAGCCCUCUUACCCCUCCACCCCCACUGCUACACCACAGCAGCACCCAGGCUACAGCCAGCCACCACAACCAAUGCAGCGUUCACUGUUGUACCCCUACAGUGGAGGAGCAAGCGCAGAAGGAGGAGCAGGAGGGAGUGUCCAUCUCUCAACUAUCUCCGACUCGCCUACUGUUUUCUUCCCCUCCAUCCCUGAGCGCCCCAUUUCUUUCUCACCUCCACCCACUGGGCCUCCAAAGGCUUACAACACCCAGCGGCGCAAGAGCACGUCCAUUCUCGAGGCGCACACACGACACUUCCAGGCUACCUACACUCAGUAUGGUGGCAGCCUGUGCCCUUUUUCUGGGAUGGAGACUGUUGAGAGCCCCUCUCUGUUUAUGGUAAAACCUGGUUCUGCUCAAAGGCGUGUGGUUGGGGAGUCGCUGCAUCUCCCAGGCCAAUCUGACCCCGGUUUGUAUGGCUAUAACGACAUGAGAGCAGAGCAUGACGAAGCAGUGAGGAGAUUAAGCUUAAAUCAAGGUUCCUUAUUGGACUGUUAUGAAGCAAUGGCAUAUGGACCUUGCCCACUGACUGCACACCAGCUUAGUCACUUGAAUUUCCAUCAGCAGAGGCAAGCAGCUAGUUUGAGUUUUGACCCUGGUCCUUCACCUCAGCAGGCAUUCUUGCAUCCACACAUAAUACAAAGAAUGAGUGCACAUAGCCCAAUACUUCCCAUGAGGGCAUCCACCGGUGGCUCUGUGUCUUCUUCAUCAUCAGAGGGAUGCAUUGUAGGUGCCCUUGAUUCCCAUUUAGCUGCAGCUGCUGCUGCUGCAGCUGCUGCAGGAGACCCAAGCCUCCUUGCAUCUAGACUUUAUCGGACCCGAAGGAGCUCAAUGGACCUCCCUCUGGAGGAUAAUAUUGCACCUGGAUCAGGUGGUUCAGGCACGUACAGCCGCCUCCAGCCAGUGACAGAAGAAUUGUACACCUAUGUCAGUCCCGAGCCCCCCUUACCUCCAGGAAGUCUUCUUCUUCACCAUACAGGUGUAACCACAAAGGACAGAAGCCCAGAACUUUACAGUGACUCCUUGACAUCCUCUGACACAGGAGAGUUCCAGUCACCUCCUCCCCCACCACUCCUCCCUGCCUUUGACUCCUCAGCUGCCCAGUCCAUCCCUCAUUCGUCCUCGUCUGCACACUACGACUCAUCAGGCGGGUUGCUUCCCAUAGAUCCCCGGGGACAUCCACCGUCCAUGCAGAGCUUUCUCCCUCCCACUCCAUCCUCUGACCUCCCACUCGGGGGAGCAUCAUCAACUCAGCUGGAGUCUUUGAUGCAGAACGCCUGGGUCCGGCAUGGAGGGGUGGUACCAGCCCAACCUGACAUGACAUACCAUGAGUCAUUGCUAGCCAUGCAGGCCGUUAACCCCUCUCUGCAGCAGGUUCAGACUCCUACCCCCCAGCCCACACCACCAGGACCCCCUCUAGUUCCUGCCACUUCCCAGCUAGCUUCCCCUGGAACCUCCCAACAGUCUGCCUCUCAGCCUUCAGAGCUGUCCCAGUCCCAACUCCAGCCACCUCAAGUUCUCUCAUCCAUAGAGAGUGGCCACUCUGAGGCUUCAGGUUUGAGUGAUGGUAACGAGGGAGGAGGGGGAGGCCGUCAUGAAGGGCGCUCUACCAAGCGACAUCAGAGGCGUUCUGUACGAAGUCGAUCACACCAUGAAAAGAUCUCCAAGGCGAAGCUCAAUGUUCUCAACAUCUCUAGUAGAGGAGACAGAGUGGCAGAGUGUCAGCUUGAGACCCACAACAGAAAGAUGGUGACCUUCAGGUUUGACCUGGAUGGAGACAACCCUGAGGAGAUCGCCCAGAUCAUGGUGCAGAGUGAGUUUAUCCUGGAAAGUGAGAGGGAAUCAUUUAUUGAACAGGUCAGAGAGGUGAUAGAGAACGCUGAUGCUAAAGGCCUGGAGAGAGACACAAGCAGCCAGAUGACAGGUGACAAGGAGCAGCAGGAUCCUGCUAUAUUUGUCCCUAUGCCAGACAUCCCUGCUAGUGCAACAGCACAAGUGGUCCAUUCAGCAGGUCGGAGGUUCAUCGUCAGCCCCGUACCUGAAGCCAGGCUGAAGGAACAAAUGUUUCCCACCUGUCCGUCUCCAGCCCCUGCACCUCUUGUUGAAACAGUUCCUUCGACUUCAAUUCCACCAAAGACUCCAGGCCAAGGUUUGGUGUUGUCCCACUCUGCAGGAGUGGUCAGCUUGCAACAAGCCUUCUCUGAGCUCAAGCAGAACCAGAAUCAGUUUGAUCCAGGACCCAGCACCGCCCCAGCCUCCAUCCACUCAACCCAUCCUCUUCUGCAGCCUGCAGCUGUGUCUGCCCCUUCACAGUCUUGCACAGUCACUACUGCUGUUGAUGCUACUGUUGGGCUCGUUCCUUCUAAUUUAAACCAGGAACAGGAGCAGGUCUUGGAUACCUCUCUUCCCCCUGCUUCUUCAACCUCCUCUCCUUCCUCUGUGCCUGCUGUCGGUCUUAGCCCUCCUUGUUCGUCCUCUAAUACUUCAACUGAAGUGAAGCAGGCUGUCUUUCAGUCACAGGUACUGUCACAGCCAGGGAUGCAAUCCCAGGCACAGGUGCAGGUCCAGAUCCUGGGGCAAGCACAGAUUCAGCCCCAGGCUUUUACCCUGCCUCAGUCCCAAACUGUUUCUGCUGUCACUGCUACUUCAGUACCUCCAACCGUGCCACCUGCAAGUGUUUCCAACAUACCCCCAACAGCGCUCGGCUCCCCUCCUCUUGCCGAGACUGUUCCCCGCGUAUCCUCCCCUCCCUCCUCCAUUCUUGCAGCCAGUGAAGUCCUCUGUGAUCAUACGUCAGUCUCUUUCACCUCCUCCUCCACACCUCCACUGUCCUCCUCUGUCAUCCCUACUACUGCCAUCCCAGGCCCCCAGCUUGCUACCUCUGCUGCCUUCCAUCCUAUCCCCCCUCUAUCCUCCUCCUCCACUGUGGGGCUCCAGCCAGUGACCACAAAUGUCUCAUCUGUACAGUCGACCUUGGUCCACAGCCAGCCGCAGACAGAGACCCUGCCCGGGCAGACGCACGUGUACUGUGGGGAGUGUGAUGCCAGGUCUGAGGCAUCUGCUGAGACCCAAGGCAAACCAGAUGACAUCCAAGCUCUGGAGAUGAAGCUGCGGUCUCUCUUCAUGGACCUCAGUACAGGUGUGCCCUCCACCCAGGGCGACAUCUUAGCUGCCGAUUCUUUCUCUGGAGCCUCUGUGGCAGGUACCUCAUCCCCAUUGGGCCCUCUGGCAGGGACCUCAUCCCCAUUGGGCCCCGGCUCUACCUCCACCACAUCUGUUACCACAGCUGGCUCCAGCCUGCCAGCCAAUGCUCCUCAGCCCCCCUCCAGCCUAGCUCUAGGAUCACUGGGUUCACCCACUCCAAUCCAGGGCCCUGGGACGCCUGUCUCCACCCCUGCACAGACUGCCUUUGGCCAGGCCACUCCAUCUAAACCCCCCUUAUCCAGGUUACCGGCCAGUUCUCCUCCUUCAGAACUCCCGCCAUCCUUCACUGGACCUUGUCUAAUACAGUCCCAGCAGCCUCUCGAGGACCUGGAUGCUCAGUUGAGGAGAGCACUCAGCCCAGAGACUGUUCCUGUCGGCACAAACAUCCAGGUGUCUCACAGUGGCCUAUCUUCAGUGGGACAACAAAUUCCGUUCUCUCUGGGGGAAGAGGCAGUGUCCUCUCCUGCUCCUCCUCCUCCUGCAGAGGGAAUUAAACUAGGAAGAUUUCAGGUCUCAGUGGCUACUGAGGAGUCUCCUGUCCAGCGCCCGGCCUGCCCUGAAUCUUCCUCCACCACCUCCUCAACUUCAUCCUCUACCUCCUCAUCCUCCAACCUCUCCAGCCCUGAGAACACGCUGCACAAGGACUCCUCAUCUCUUUUGAGAGAAGGAGGAGGGCAAGGAGGAGCUACUGUGGAUGGACUCCCCCAGAGAACACCAGAAACGUCUCAUCACCCCUCACCCUGCCCUUCCCCUAAGCCUACCACUACCAUUGGACGGUUCCAGGUCACCACCAGCCCUGAGGCCCGUGUCGGUAGAUUCUCAGUCAGUUGUGCCAAGGAGCAGAGCCUCGAGUCCAGGCAGACCCCUCCCCUCGCUACCCAGGCUGCUAAUGGACCCAGUGGCCCUGGGCGGAUUUUGACUCCAGACUCAACACAUAAAGCAUCCCUGCCAAGUCUAAACAACAACUCCUUGAAUAACUCCUACAACAGCAGUGACAACGACUCUGAAUGUGAGGAUGAAGACUUCAAAAGGGAAGUCAGCCACCUCAGAGAAAAGCAUAUACGUGAAAUUCAGGAGCUCCACUCCCGGCAGAAGGAGGAAAUAGACAACCUUUUCAUCAGACUGGGAAAGAAUCCUCCGACUGCAGUGCUUCCACCAGUCAAUCCCCUUACUGGCAGGAGGAGACGACCAACCAAAAGCAAAUCCUCUAAAUCAUCCAGAACCAGCUCCACACACAGCAGCAAGAGUCAGUUACAGCCAGGCAGCACUUUAUCCGCCCAGAGCGUCCCAACCUUGUACCCCGGCCAGCUGGCUCUGUUAGCCCCAGGAGGGUUAGCCAAUUCAGGCAGCAGCACUGUACUCCAACCGCUCAAACCUUCUCCCUCCAGCGACAACCUGUGUUCAGCCUACACCAGCGAGGCAGCACUGUCUGUGCCAAGCCUGUGUGCUCCCACCCCAGGCUGUGUAAAGUUCAGCUGGGGUUCGGAGCGUUUGGCCUUCAAGCCAGGUGGCAGGAGGACGCGCUUUUUCAGUACGCCCUGCUUGGCUCUUUGGAAGAUGGUGAAAAAAGUCUGCCCCUGCAACCAGCUCUGUAGGACUAAUAGCACCAACACAGUGAGUGGUUCAGGCGGAUUGAGUCAGAGCCAGGGAGGUUCUCAGUGUCUGCCCCACAGCAUGUCAGCCCCCCACCAGAGAAAAGGAACUUUCACUGAUGACCUCCACAAACUGGUGGAUAACUGGGCCAGAGAUGCGAUGAACCUCUCACAGGGUAAGAGGAGUGCCAAACAGCUGCAGCAGGCCCCAGCGCAGGGACACAGCUAUGAGGUUAUCCAAUCAGCAAGUCUGGGCAGAAAGUACUCAGCUCCCAGCCAGCUGUGUCCCAACAGCAUUGGAGGCUCCACCCACCUUUCCACAAACCCAACCACUGCUUCCUCUCUGGCUGUUCGCAAGAGCUCCCUUUCCCACCCCCCUGCCUCCUCCACUCCAUCCCAGCUCCAACCCCAACCUCCCCAGUUUAUCCACUACAGCCCCAAUGCUACCUACAGUGCACAGUGGGUUGGUCCAGCUCAAGGGCUGUCAACACCACAUCAGGUUCUAGCACAGCCUGGGACUCUGCUGGUCAGCACCUCCCAGCCCCUGGGCCCUUACCCCACCCCACAGGGUCAGAUUCCUGGGCAGGGACCACUUCAGGCUUUUCAUCUGACCAACACUCUGCAGAAGUCGGUCAGCAACCUAGGUGGACCCAAUUUGAGGACAACGUAGGGCUGGCGAUGAGGGCUAGUUUGAAUCAACUGGACUGAGCUGAUGGGGAGCACAGUGUUAUUAGCUGGAGAGGACUGAAGAACUGGUAUGGAGAGCGGGGGAGUUACAGAUGUUAGAAGCUGACCUGUCCAAGAGGAGAAAAAAAAAUAAAUGAAGAGAACAAAUCAGGAAAGACAAAUUACAAAUUCAAUCUGACCAUCUCCCCUCAGCUUUCAUCCAUGUGUGUGAGAAGCUGUCCCAGACAUAAAUGCACCCACACAAUCUCCCUGUCUGCUGUGUUUGACUAUGAGUGCAAUGUUAAAAGGCCAAAGAGGUUCUGGCAGUUGGAUUGGUGUUAGUAACUGUAUGUGUAUGAGGUUGUCAUGGCUCCAUCACACUUGUUCCAUUCAUGCUCUAAAUUGAGUGAACAAGCUUGUACAGUACGUGACAGGGCUCAUUGUGUUUGGAAGAUAUUGUAUCAAGUUAAAGGGGAGGAAUGUGGAGGCCAGGCAGCUGCAAAAUCCUGCUUUAGCUCUUCUGUCCACACAGUACCUCUUAAUUACUUCUCAUUGAGAUUUGUGUGGGAAGAGUUGGUUGCUGCCUCUGCUGUUUGUGUGUAUCCAGUCUUUGAAGCAUGAAAAGCUUCCGAAUCUCAGACUUAGUAUUAACAAUUUCUCACGCUGUCAAGGCAGACAGAAAUAUGCAGCAAUGCAGCUGUCCCACUAAAUUUAAAGAGGAAACUGAUGGACACGGGAGGAACAUGGCUGGCCAGCACAUUGCUUAGUGUUCAGUGUCAACAUCAAUCAAUGCACAAGAGGUUAUUUCACUCUGAAGUCAGUAGCAGUGGUCGCAGUUUGCAUCCCUAAACUUACCGACUACAAGGAAGGAUGCAGAUAAAAGCUUUGAGAUUAGUUGAGACAAGAAAAGAGGAGAUGUUUAGAAAAGCAUCUGAGGUUGUCUUUAUUUAGUCGGUUCGAAAGAGGGUUUUCUUCGGUAUUCAGGAGCUGGAUUUUUUACUUGACCCUUACAAGCACAAAUAUCAAGAACAGAUCAAACAAACACACAGUGAGAAAAAGUGUAGUCCAGCAUCAGGUGGUUAUGGCUUGUCAACUUGAAAAAGGUUGUGACUCCUCUGUUACCUCCCUCAUUCUGACAAAGCUUUGAAACCGAGAUGGAAGAAAGAAAGUAGAUGGAGGAGGAGAGGAGGAAGAGCAUGUUUGUGUUGACAGUCAGGCACCUCCUCGGUUUCCUGUUCCCCUGCUCACUUCAGGAACGUACAUUGACAGAAUACUGAACAGAUGCUUCUGCACACUGCACUUCUUUCACCUCUCUGUUGUCAAUUUGAAGCAAUAAAAGCAGAACCCUUUUAGAGGAAAACAAGCCCAAACAUGAGAUUAGUCAGCUUGAAAAUGUGGCCUUGCUAUCCAGAAUAUCAGAGUCCCUGUACAGUUUGUGUCUGUUUCUUUUUUAGAAUGUCAGCUAUGAUGAUUCCGUUUUGUUUAAUUUUGGUUUUGUGGGUUUAUUUUGCUUGCUGGCUUUAGCUAACAAUCUGAAACACACAGAGAAUGCAUGAGACACUCAUAGACAGACACAUUUGCAUACACACACAUGCACAGAUUCAUGUAAAUACACACACAACGGUGGAGGCGUAGCAGCAGUUGAAGUGAAAUAGCCUUGUAGACUAAUGCCUUUUCAUAGUGUCAUCAUUAGGCUGGUUUCAGCAUUUGGGCUGAAAUGAUGGCAAUGUACAUAAUUUACAUCAUUCUUGUUGUUUAUGAUUAUUAUACUAUUUAAAAAAUCAAAAACAAAAAUGUGUUCUGUCGAUGGACCUGUUACACAUUCACAUCGAUGUACGAUGUGGAAACACUGUGAUUGUUGUUGUUUAAUAUUAGCAGAUGUUGUUGGACAACAUUAGUUUUAGGGUGAAAUGUCACAAAUUAAACAGCAAACGCAUACAGAGAAACUGUUCACUUUCAAUUCACAAAUGGAUUUUCAUCAAAAUAUCAAAAUUUAAAACCCCUCUUUUUCAGUAAACAUCCUUGCAGCCAUUGCUUAUGGAUAUCCUUCAAAACAAAUGCCUUAUACCAAUGAAUCAACUGCAGCUUCAGUUCAUCUUUAUAACUGAUUGAAUUGAAAGUGGAAACUGACCUCCCAGCCUGAUUAUAAAGUGAGACCGGAGUGAACGGCUGGAUAACUGAUAUUUAGUUAAUAAAGUAAUGCUAGCUAUGUUUUUUUCUUAUUACAGAACUUAUAUAUCAGACACUUUAAUAACUCUCCUCUUCCCUUUCUCCCCUGGUUUUGCUAGAUGAAUGUGAAUGUAUAAACCAUUGGUGUC